CACAUCUCUCCUCUGUGUCUCACAGUUCUCUGUUUGUGUCACAAACACAAGUGUAGGGCAGGCAAACAGUGCAGCAGGUCUCCACCUUGCUCAUCCUACCUUCAGCCAUGGCCAAGAAAGACUGUCCUGCUGGCAGCCAUUGGGAUGGCCUCCUUAACACCUGUUUCCCCAGCAAGACACCAACCAAACCAAAGUGUCCUACUGGCAGCCACUGGGACACCCUCUUCAAAACCUGUAUCCCCAGCAAGACACCAACCAAACCAAAGUGCCCUUCUGGCAGCCACUGGGACACCCUCCUCAACACUUGUAUCCCCAACAAGACACAAACCAAACCAAGGUGUCCUUCUGGCAGCCACUGGGACACCCUCCUCAACACUUGUAUCCCCAGCAAGUCACAAACCAAAGCUGAACCUCAACCACCAACAGAACCGCUUCUGGCUGUUGUGGUCACGCUGAGACCCACGGCCCGCAUUUCCAAAACUUUCCAGGUCAACCCAGUGAUGGUGUUCAGUCCAGCACUGUGGAUCUUUGUGGUGCUGGCAACACUGGGGUCCAUCUUGGCUCUGACUCUCUGGUUUAUCAUAUACAGACGACAGACCGGCCUCAGCAGCACCUCAGAGGAUGCAGAGCUGCAACGGGAGCCUCUUAAGAAAACACCUGCCAUAAUCCACUCACUGCCUUCACAAAGAAACAGUCAUACAGAGAUGAUGCAGAGAGCAGCAGGGGCCCCUUCACCCUGUUCUCGCCUGCACCUGGGUGCCCAAACUGGCUUACAGAGGGAGGAGGGCUUGAUCGCUUACAGGGACCCCGCAAAGCAUGCUGGGACAGAGAGGUGGGGGGAGCUGCCUACGUCUACAUGCAGCACAAUCAGCGAACACAGGAUCCCACUUCCUGCCACAGAGCUGGGUGGCACUGCAUUAGUUACAACUAAAACUAUGUAGGCCGGUGUGUGUGCUCUUAAAAAUGUUUUCCUACUACUAGGAACUGCACGUUGUGCUUAGUGUAAUGACUUUUCCCAAGUUUUUAUCCAAAUGUUUGAAAUAUUUUUCUACCAUUUUCUAUGUUUUUUUACUGAAUUGUCUACAGCUGUUGUUUUAUUUCUCUGCACUGCUUGACUGUGUGUAGUACUUUACUGCAAAGUGUUGUUAAAAGACACAACAAAGAACUACUCUGAAUCUUAUGCCAUAUUUCAAAUAUCAUUUAAUAAAACACAAAACCAAAAUCAUCACAGAAAUAUUUCUGAUGUUCUGAAAACAAGGUAGCAUUGUUGUGCUGUGAAAGAGAAAUAUUCUCAGCUCUCCGCCAUAGUAUGACAAGUAGUGUUUAGAUAUAGUUUCACUGUCUUUGCAGCAGAAAAGGCUAUUUACAUGGUAAAUAAUUUUGUCAAACUUUCUUAAUCAAUGCACAUCCUGCAGGCAACAGCUAAACAUAAACGGAAAACUGUUCAAAGUAAAGUUAAGAAGAGUACAUUUAAUUAUCUCGCAUUAUUUGGAAUCCUUUUGGAGAGAAUUGACCAUGUGGUUUUCCUAAUAGAUCUCAAAGAAGGACUCUAAGAUCCAUGUGGUUGUGAUGUGACAUCAUUGUCCACAGCCCAGGAGUUUCCGGGUCCAAUUUCUAACCAUUAUUUGUAGAAUUUGAAAAUGUCUGACUUUGUCCUCCAAGUAGUAGUAUUAAAAUAAACACAGUGGCAGACAGCAGCUAAUAAACCCCUCAUAAAGUGAGCCUCAUAAGACAAUUUUGUUUCAUAUUGUUAAAACGUUGCCUAUGUGUUUGCUACUCUUUAGGCUAGUUUUAAUGUUUGGUUCAUUUCUUAUUCCCAUGAAUAACAGGUCAAAUCAGUACACAGCUAAGUGAUGUUGAUGAAAAAAAUGUGGGAAAAUGUGUUAGUCCCACACAAUAAAAGAGGAGGGAGCUUAGUUAGCGCA